AUGUUUCAAAGACUGCCGCCCAUCGUUCCUACGCACGGGUAUUCCCAAUACCUCUCUGCCAUGUCGUUUAUGCUCUAUUGGAUAUUGCUCUUCGCCGACAUCACCAAACACACGCCUGCAGAACCUCAUAGCACCGUGGACAGGCUCAAGAAGCUCGUGGGGCUAUCGGUCAACAGUUCACUCAACAGCAGAAUUUUGUCUGGAAUCAGCGAAGCUGCUCAGCUUCUGAAGAAAAUCAGCAAGGAUCCAAUCAUCAGCGCUACUUCGACCGACGUCCUCUUCACAGUCAUCAGUCUUCUGACCUGGACCUUCACCCGUGAUCAGGAUGUUGAGUCGAUACUCGAGAACAGUAUGCUAGCUUUCCUCGUCCCCAAACACGAGAAGCACGUGGCUUUCGAGGAGGACGCAAAACUCGCUACUGAUCUCCAGCCCGAACCCGAAGUAUUGCUCGAUACCACAACUCCCAGGAAGCGCGGACGUCCCUCCAAGAACAAGUCCAUCUUGACCUCACCUGCUGCAUCGUCGACGGGCUCCAUCCGACGUAGCUCAAGGAGGUCUGCACGCAAUACUGACAUUGACUCCGACGUUGAUUCCACGUAUCAGCCUAGCUCUACAACGAAGCGAGAAGUUGCAGAGACGGAGACUGAUGGAACACAUUCCGAACAAGAUCUUGUUCAAAGUGCAGAGUCGACGGCACUUGCACUGUUUCUGACAUUUGCGGGCGGCUUAGGACAAUUAGCUGCCGGCGCUCUCGGUGCGGAGGUGACUGGUCCGCGGGAGUGA